AAUGAAUGAAUAUAUUUCUAAAUUCAUUAGUGAAGAAGAAUUCUUGAAAGAUCCAUCAAUCAUUUAUGGUCAACUAUAUUAUUCGAGCGAAAAACCAACGCCAACCCCUGAUAGGAUCAAAGAUCAAAGUCAGGAACACAUAGAAAAUGUUUUAGAAGUGCAACAAAAUAACAAGAAAGAUAACAAAGCUAAAUCUCAAUCAAAGGAAAUACAAAGCACUGAUAGAUGCAUAAUGUGCGGAUCAGAAAGUCAUAGUUCCAAUAUGUGUGAGAAAACGACACAUCCUAACAAUGAUCAGGCAACAUGGCGACGUUACAAAUAUCAACAAAAUGUCGUCCCACAACCCAUUACCUACAUUAGUUGUUUUAAUUGUUCAAGUAGAAAUCACGGAGGACGCAUUAUUCCCGUUAUAAAACUAACGGACGCUCACGGAAUGAUUCCUCAAAAUCUAAGUCCUCAAAAUCUCUGUAUAAAGAUAUUAGAUUAUAUUAAUACAAUUAACUAA